AAGCAAAACAAACGGGACUGCAGCCCAGGUACAUGAGAAGCCAGCUUACAGCGAAGAAGGUCUGCUUUUAAAAUGCAGCCGUGCUUUUCAAUGAACUCUUUUUCAUGUGAGGAUGGCAAGCUGUCCAAAAUGAAUUUCACUUUACAGUGAAGUCAAAAGAAAAGGAGGAAGGGAAAAAGGCAAUUUAUUCUGUUUUGGGAGUUUUAGAACUGGAUGCAGAAACACAAUUUAUCCUAUUCCUCAGCUCAGCAAAUCAGUGACUUUCCUCAACAAACUCCAUUGCAUUAAUGAAUAAAGCCAGCUCUUGAAUCAGAUGCAAAAACAGUUUCUUUCUGACCUGAGACUUUUUCUUUUAAGGAGAAGGACGUGACAUUUCUCCACUUCACACCUCAUAGUUGUCACUGAAGAAGGAUUUAAUUUUGACAAUGGAGAGUGUCAGUAAUGGGGUGAGAAAAAAGGCAACAGAAAAGCAUCACAAGGCUGAAGUCAUGAUUGCUGGGGAACAGUUAAGGUUACGACUGCAUGAUACAAAACUCAUCAAGGACAGACGCUAUCACCUUCGUACCUACCCAAACUGCUUUGUUGCAAAAGAACUCACAGACUGGCUGAUGGAACACAAAGAGGCCCCAGAUCGGGAGAUUGCAAUCCGUCUGAUGAAAAAACUGAUGGACAACAACAUCAUUCACCAUGUAUGCGAUGAGUACUCUGAUUUUAAGGAUGCUAAACUGCUGUAUCGUUUCCGUAAGGAUGAUGGCACCUUUCCUCUCAACAAAGAUGUCAAAGUCUUACUCUGGGGAGAAAGGCUAUAUGAAAAACUAAUAGUUAUGGAGAACUCCAUCCUGAAGACACGAGAGGAGAAUGGGAUAAGAUACCACAGAACAUUGCUGGGUUGUGAAAUGAUCGACUGGUUGAUUCAGGAAGGUGAGACAGCUACAAAGAAAGAAGCAGUGGAGCUGUGUCGAGCCCUGCUGGAGCACGGAAUCAUUCAACAUGUAUCCAACAGGCAUCAUUUCUUUGACAGUAACCUUCUUUACCAGUUUUGGAUCAACUUUCGCAGACGGAGAAGACUAACAGAGUUAUUGAAUGAAACCCCUCGCUCUGUGCAGGAAUAUGAAGACAGCCCCUUUUGUCUUCGUAAACUGAACCCUGAACCUGAUAACUCCAGUUUCCUCUCUGUGCAGCCUAUCAAGGAAAUCAAAGUGGUAUCUGCAGUUCGAAGAGGAAGCCUAAUCUCUGCAUCUGGGGAGCCAAACACUUAUUAUAGCAGCCCUGGAUUAGGGCCAAUGCCUGGAACAGGAUGUAACAUUAAGUCAGUACUGAAGAGGCCUGUCACAAUGGAAGAACUGCUGUCCCCUGGAGCACCCUACAUAAAAAAGACACUUACUAUGGUGGGAGAUGCUCUUGGCUGGGGAUUUGUUGUGCGAGGUUGUAGGCCUUGCCACAUCCAAGCUGUAGACCCUGAUGGCCCUGCAGCUUCAUCAGGGCUGAAGGUCCGUCACUUCAUCCUAUCUGUAAAUGGGAUGCAUGUUAUACACCUUGACUAUCAGACUGUUAGUAACCUCAUUGUGGCCGGACCUCGAACAUUGGUCAUGGAAGUGAUGGAAGCAGUUGAGUAACAUGGAGAGACUUCUGGAUUUCUGGAAAAUCUGGACUGUUCAUAAGACUGAGAGCCUGUCCUCGCUUGCCACAUCCAAAUGCUAGUCAUUUUGAGUUACUCUGUGCAGGACAACAGUUGUUACUUGGCACAUUCACUUUAACAACACUUAAAAUAUUUAUAAAGUAUACUGCUUGAGUGGAUGCCCAAGUGAUAUUGAUACUAGAGCUUCUAUUUUUCUAGGUCUUUACACAGGACUGAUAUCACUGGUCAUAAAAGAGAAGCACAACAAAGUCUUGGGGUAGAGUGUUCUUGAAGUCCUUCAUGUUUGACUGCUGUUCAAGCAAUGUGUGAAUAUUUAUGAAACUACUCUAUUCUUUUUUUCCUAAGUGGAAAAAAGAUGGACAGGACAUUAGGCUUCAAAUGGUAUUGUAUAGCAGACCUGACAAGUUGUACAAUCUUCAGAAUAAGCUGAAAGAAAAAUCAAUGUAUUCAACAGACAGUAUAUACAGAAAUGUCCAUGUGGUUGAAAUGCUGACAUUUUAUUAACUGUAGCUGGUACUACAAGGUAUUUUUUCCAUUGAAAUUUCAUUUCAUAAUGCAUUAAAUUUUCAACUGCACAGUGAAUCAGCAACUAACCUAAAACAAAGGAAACUGUCCUGAGUAAAAUAUAUUGUGAUGCCUUCUUGAAAACAAGAAAAACUUUCAGACACAAGCAAACUGUUAAAGUUGGAAACAAUGGAGCUGGCAGCAGUAAAUGAAUCUUUAAAAACUGUUUUAAUGU